AUGGGGGGUGGAGCUUCCGCCGCAAAGGGGGGCGAGACUGCCGCGAGCACUCGUAGCGACUCCCUAAUAACUCAUGCCAGCGGCAUUGACGCAGGUUUUGCGGCCGCCUCCACCUCUAAAGGAAUUCUCAAAAACGGCCAGCAGGCGAGACCAUAUGACACGUUCCAGGACUACUCAUUGGAGUGGCAACUGCCGGAUUUGGCUACGCCUUGUAUUCCGCUUCCGGCCGCCCAACCACUUCCCGUGACUAUUGCGGACUACUCGCUUCAUGGGACAGCUUCAAGCCGGCACACCGCGGGUCUUGUCGAUCACUGCGGCGGCGUCAGGACGGACGGAAGGCCCUUUCCGGCGCAGGUGUAUAAUUAUCAAGGCAGGGGCUGCGGUAGAUUUAAGCACGGCUAUCCGGCGUUGUGCGGCGGUGAUGACGUGAUACCGAUUCCCCUGCUCACGGACGUGGGCGGUGUGGUCUUUUGCUAUCGUAUUCUGAGCGUGGACGGAAGCCGAUGGAGUUUCUACAAUGACACCGUCACCUACGAGCUGGAGGUGGUUUGCGUGUUUAGCGCCGCCUCUCAAAUCCAGGCGCUGGGUUUGACGUCGCUGCAUGAACGCUCGGAUGGGCGAGCGGAGCUGCGCCUUGUGGUGCACCCAGGAGAGACGCAGGAAUUUGCAUCCGGCGAUGUGGAGCGCUACGAGGAGGACAUCCGUCUAAGCUAUGUAAGUCGUGCCUUCAUAGGCGCCUCUGCCCGGGCUUGCGAGCCAUUUUUGCGGGAUGAGAAGGCGGGUAUAUAUGCCUUGCUUGCAAAAAAGGGGAAAAAGGCGGAACCAGGAAACCGCUGGGGCGUCACCAGUGAGGAGCUCCUGCGCUGGUGUGUGGGGGAGCACGUGCCGUUUUUGGAUUUGGAGUUUCUCCCCAAUUUUCGCUCCCUGGUUGGGAGAGAAGCGGAAACGGAGAGCCAGGUCCUAUGCGGCUGGUGUAAGCCGAAGAAUUACAUACCGGCAGAGGCAGUGGCGGGGGAGCCUCGCGUCCUUCGCAGCCUUCCGCGGCCGAUGAAUGUGGGGGUUAGUCUGACGGGGGGUCAAGGCGUCGUGUGUGCGCUGGCGAUACUGGCGGAGGACUUUGCCGCGGUGGAGCGGCUUUUCCGGCAUCCGAUGGGCCGCGCCGCCGCAGCCGAGGAGCAACACAUGGAGGCGAGUAGAGUGACGCUGUGCAAGAGCGGCUGGUGGACCGCUGUCGUCGUGGACCAUUACUUCCCCGUGCUCAACAUGAAAUUGCUCGGUGGGAAGUGCAUCGACGACCCCGCGGAGUUGUGGGUGGCGGUGGUGGAGAAGGCGUACGCCAAGCUGCGGGGGAGCUACCUCGGGCUGGCUGCCACAGACGCGCUGCGUGCGUUGGAGGAGCUUACCGGGUAUCCCACGUGCCGCUGGGAUGGCGUGCUGCAGGACGCCGGCCGGCAUGAGGAGCUCUUUGAUAAGCUCUGCCGCUUUUGCGAGUUGGGGUUCACCGUUGUCUUGGAUCGGCCCAACCUCGCCUCCGGUGAGAGGGCGGUUCAGCGGCUUGGGCUAGAGAAGGGGAGCGCAUGCGUGGUGCUCGGCGUGAAGAGGUUUCAGCCGAUGCCUGUCAGUGGGGACCAGGGCAAGGACUCGCAAGCAGGCACGCAUCGCCUUGUGCGGAUUCGGAAUCCAUUUGGCAGCAGCCGUGACUGGAUUGGCGCCUGGAACUGGGGCGAUCCUGCAUGGCGGGCCCAUCCGGCAAUAGCUGCGCAGUGCGGCUUCGGAAGGGACGAGGCCGAUGACGGCUCCUUCUGGAUGGAGUGGCGCGACGUCGUGCGUUGCUUUCGCGGGUGCGGGGCCUGCUUCACCCACAACUCCUUUUACGAGUACCGCGUGGAGGGCAGCUUCGGCCGGGGCGGGGUCCCAGGCUGCGUGAUCAAGCUGGAGGUUAGCCGGAGCCUGUACGUUAUGGGGAUGCUGCAGCCGGAGCUGCAGGGCGGCGGCGGCGGCGGAAUGCAGCCUGUUUUGCUGCAACUGUCGCGACGCCGCCUCGCGGAGGAGCAGCCGCGUCGGGCCUCAGUAAAGCGCUCCGAGGGACGGCAGCAGGAAGUCGUGCUGAAUUCCACCGCGGACUGCGACUGCCCGAGCCCCAGCGUGUUGACCUUCCGCGCCUCCCCGCAGGUGAGCCUCAUCGCCGCGCUGCUGCCGGAGCACAGCCCCUACUACCUCAUCCCCCGCACCACCUCCACCGCCACCGCGGCGGCGUACGUCCUGGGCCUCUUCACCAGCGCCCCCUGCGGCGACGGCGGGGAGGGCGCGCCUGCGGCACGCAGCGCCUCCCUGUCCGCCUCCGCUUCCUUUCCGCCUCCGCCUCCCAGCCCGCCUGCGGCGGCGCCGUCGUGCAAGCCAAAUUCGUGCGUCUUUCCGCAAAGACGAAAGUUUUUGCCGGCAGCCUGCAGUUUGAGGUGUCGUCGGAGACGCCGGUGA